AGAAGGUCCUUGCUACCAAAGGACGUUCGUAUCCCCAUCAACAACAGCGCGAAUCCCCCACCUAGAAAUCGGCAUACACGCGCCACAAGCAGCGCAAUCAACAACAAGCGACGGAACAGUAGCAGCGACGACGGCGAGGGCGACGACGACGAUCAACACCACGCAAGGACGCGCAAAAUGAUAGCUAGCGGCUCCUCUUCAUCAUCCACCGAGCUUCCCCUCCUCAAUGGCGGGGGCUCUGGUCGCAACUCCCCCUCAUCCCGCAAAUCACGCGCCGCUUCUGCCCGCUCAGUACGAAUGGCAUCGCGCUUCACUUUGCUCCUCUCCAUGUGCUUCCUGGCAUUCACAUUCGUCUUUGUCCUCUUUCCCGCCUCACGCGAGAGAGGUAAGAAGGCGGUCGACAGUAUCGGUGGAUACGCGGGAAGUGCGCUCGGAGCUGCGGGCAGUGGCUGGGAUAGAUGGAGACAAACGCAGGCUGCUCCCGUGGGUGCGGGAUCAGCGGGCAAGACGGCAGCGGCUCCUCACCCUGCGCCGCCAACCUCGUCACCAGUAUCGCAGUCUGUGCGUGUGUUGCCAGCGCUACACUCUGAUCCGACAAAGACGACGCGCUGCACGCAGAGCUUCGAUGGCAGUCGCAGUGUGGUGCAGUAUGCUAUCAUGAUCGACGCGGGAAGCACGGGCAGCAGAGUACACAUUUACAAGUUCAACUACUGCUCUGCCUCGCCCGAGCUAGAGAACGAAGUCUUCUCCAUGCUUCGCCCCGGUCUCUCCUCAUUCAAGACUGAUUCCAAAGGCGCUGCAGACUCUCUUCGCCCUCUUCUCCAAAAGUCCCUCGAUUCCAUCCCCCCGUCACUCCGCUCCUGCACACCUAUCGCAGUCAAAGCCACAGCAGGUCUACGCCUCCUCGGCGCACAGGAAAGCAAGAACAUCCUCUCUGCGGUGCGCAGCAUGAUCCGCAACGAGUACCCCUUCGUGCUCGCGGACGGGCCAGCAACUAAGGGCGUCGUGGAGCUGACGCCCGGCGGAGGGCAGGUAGAGGGCAAAGCAGUCGAGAUCAUGGAGGGGAGGGACGAAGGUGUCUUUGCGUGGAUCACGGUCAACUACUUACUUGGCCUCAUUGGUCCCUCCAUCGACGGAUCGCCGGUCACGACGCGCAGGCGAACAGCAGCCGUCAUGGACCUCGGAGGAGCGUCCACGCAGAUCGUCUUCGAGCCUUCCGGUCAAUCGGCUAGCGAUGAGGAGCAUGGGAUGCGGCCUGGGGAGCACGUAUAUGCAUUGAGGAAUUUCGGUGGGUCAGGCGAGGACUAUGUGCUGUACCAGAACUCGUACCUAGGGUACGGGCUGAUGCAGGCGCGCAGGCGCGUGAACACCCUCGCUGCCUUCGCGUAUGGGUAUGCGCACCCGAAGGAUCAGGCGGGCAAGGCGCUAGAGAUCCCUUCGCCUUGCUUCGCACCGGGCAUGUCCAAGCUCACGCCCAUCGCAGCCGUGGCUGGCGUGUCGCAGGGUGGGGCGGGGACGGAUGUGGACGCCAAAUUGUUCGGCCCCUCGCGAGCCACUUUCGCCUCCACCAGCCCGACUUCGUCGCGCGCAGGCUCCUACGAGGGAUGCAGACGCCUCGUCGACGUCAUGCUAGACAAGGACGCAGACUGUCAAGCUGCUCCAUGCUCCUUUGCCGGUGUCUAUCAGCCCAAGCUACUCGACGCUGUGCGCGCUUCUGCGGCCGGUGAGGCGAACUCUGUAGCGGGCGUGGGGGCGGCCGCUUCUGUUGCUAGCCAAGGACCGCCCGUCGUCGCCCUCUCCUACUUCUAUGAUCGCUUGGAGCCCCUUGGCCUAGGCAAGGAGGGCAAGCCCUUUACGCUCGCUGAGCUGAAGAAGGUGGCGAAGGAGGUGUGCUCACAUGAUUGGGUGGGGCAGGAGGCCGGCGCGACUGGAGGCAGAUGGAGCACGGACGCCCUCGCAGAGCUCAAGGGUCGACCAGAGUCGUGCCUCGACGUGGUGUACAUGCACGAGUUACUGUCGCUGGGCUACGACCUCGACGAGAUGCCAGAGGAUGGCUCGGCUGCGACAACAUCGCCGGCACCGCCUGUCUCGCUGCAGAUUGAGAAGAAGCUGGCGGGCGUCGAGCUGGGAUGGUGCUUGGGUGCUGCCGUUGGGAUGCUGGGCGAGAUGGUGGGGACGAAGGGAGAAUGCGGGGCAAUGGGAGCUGUUCUGUAG